AUGUUUAGACAAGUGCUAAGAAAGUACUCUUCUCUACCUCCUCAUGCAUUGGAGCCAGCUUUCGGUGCUCCAAACAAGGCAGCUGCUGAGGCUUUCAAGAAAUCGCUAGAAGCAACCCAACAUCAUGCUAAGGAAACUUCUGGUUUGUGGUACAAGAUCAGUUUGUUCGUUGCUCUACCAGCUAUCGCUUUGGCCACCGUCAACACUUACUUUGUCGAGAAGGAACAUUACGAACACCGUCAACACCUAAAACAUGUGCCAGAUUCUGAAUGGCCAAGAGACUACGAAUAUCAAAAUAUCAGGAUUAAGCCAUUUUUCUGGGGUGAUGGGGACAAGACUUUAUUCUGGAACCCAGUUGUCAAUAGACACGUUGCACACGAUGAUUAA